AUGGACGUCAAUCAGGCCGAGUUCCUGCGUUCAAAAAUUCCGAUGUUCCGAAGACAUCAACCUUGGGACAGCCGCACCGACCUUCUUAUCGAUGAAAUAUUUGAUGAGUUCGAUGAAAGGUGGCCAUUGUGCGACAAAGUACUGCCCGACUUUGAUGUCGAAAAGGACGCACCUAUCACCAACUGGCAACUAUGGGAAGUUCGUCAGGCAUAUGACAAAUUCCGUGUUGAGAUCAAGUGUUUUUUAUUGUGGGAAACACGCUGGUUGCUGAGGCAUCCUCUGGCGAUGUUUCUGCCUAAUGGCGAUCUCUGGACCAUAUUAAUAAGUGAACUGAUCACGGCGUUCUUGACUUCUGUGUUCAAACAGCGGAUCCCUUCAUUAAGCCUUAUGAAGAUGGAGGGAGGUCGCCAUCAAUCUAUCUCCUGCCUCCGCUCAUCUUCUAAGAUCAUCUCGAAUUAUACAAUCGCUAACACAUCCCUAGCUAUGACUCAAAAAAAUUCAGCAGAUUUACAAAAAUCUCCUCCUCCUGAAUACGUUCCCGCUGAGCCUCACAUGGCUGACAGAGAACGAGGAUUUCCUGAGGAGCAAGUUGGCGGGGGAAGGCGUCAGCUGACUCCCGUCAUUGAAACUCCAACAAAACUCCGGACCCACAUCAAGGCUACCAACCGCGAUGGAGGCUUGGUCAAGGAGGCAUCGCCUACACCCCCUGGUCAGGCUCAGCCUGUUAAUGAUUUAUUCUACGACACUCCUCAGAUCAUCCCUUCCCGCUCGCACGAGCCUCCACACGAGCCUCCACAGCCGAACUUAUUCGCUACACCUGCCUUUGUGCAGGAGGAGUACAACUUCCGUGGUAUCGACUUCAGUGUUUUGGAUGGGAAUGUUGACGGGGAUCCCAUAGCUGGACCGUCGACAAUGCUGCCUGCAGUCCCUCACACACGGAUCAUCCCUCCGACGCCCACUGUUGGGGACUGGGAUAUGCCUCAUCCUGAUUUCAUUCCCACGGACUUAGAUUUUGGGUCCAACAUGGCCAUGGACGUGGACGAUCAAGGCGAUGUCCCUACAGUGAAAGGUCGAAGGCAGGGGGCGGCAAAUGCCUUACUCCAAGAGGGCUUCAUGAGGCUCGAAACUGUUAUUCGCGAGGUCAGCCACAACACCUCUAUUCCCACACAUCAAGUCAUCGCUUUAUGGCACAAGAGCAACGGGCGUUCCUUCAACAACGUCAACCACUGGAAUGCUUACAGCAGCUACUUCAAGGCAAAUCCCCAGCAGGAGCUGAAAAGACUCGGCGACAAGGCUCCCGAGGGUCCCGGGACGCCAACUUUUCAAACACAAUAUCCGGACUCCUGGCAAACGAUCCUCGAGUAUCAUGAGGAGGCCACGGUCCUCAUGGGCGCGCCUCAGACAGUUGCCAUGCGGGCUCAGGAGUUUCAUAAGUUUGGCAAGAAGGUCUCGGCUAUGAUGAAUAUCGCUGCUGCUCGUUUCAGGUUUGAGGGUGCACUGGUAACAUGUGGAAAGGUUGUCAAUCAGGACGGUUCUCUGGAUCUGGCCCAUACGACGCCUGGAGCUGCAGGGUUUUGGCUGACGCGUUGCAAAGCCAAUGAUGAUACCAUCAUUGGCCAUCUCAAAGCCCAAGUAUAUAAUCUAACAUCUCUGGGUGUUGUUGACGAGGCCUUCAAGGACGAAGCUGAGAUCAUCCAACGCAACCAGUCCGAAGCGCCGAUAAUCGAAGAGACGACGAAAGAGUGCCUGGAUAUUUCAAAGAACGGAAUCCCAUGGAUCAAGCAAGAGUUAGGUCGACAAAUCGAGAAACUCGGCGGCAAACUAUCGUCCAAGAGGAACUUUCCAUGGAAGACUCUUCCUGCGGAGCUCAUCCGUCUCGGGAUGAUCAUCAGAGGAUAUCCAGAGGAUGUGUUGCUCCCUGGCGAUUUUCAUACGACCUCCAACAAAGGAAUCGCGAAUUUGACUCUGAAGGAGACUGGGAUUUUGAUCGCGGCCUUGAAGGCAGGCUCGAUGCAGGUCAAAAAGGUUUCCGAGGCUACGCAAGCUCUACUCCUCACCUCCGAGAUGCCAGUACUAGAAGGAGCACCUCCCGCAGAAGAUUCCGCUCAUAGAGGAGCGCGAUGUCUUUUUGCAAACGGCCAAUCGGACCGCCUGGGACUUCCCCGUGCAAAGCCAAGUGCGGCUGCUACCAGAAUGAAAAAGGCGCCAAUGAAAUCACACAAAUCUGCCAUAACUCUCUCUGACGACAACGACUCUGAUGAUGACGGUUCUGUUCGACCCGUUCUUAAACCUCCCCCGUCGCGUGAAUUCAAGGUGGUGAGGCCCCCAAAGAGCCAGAAGAAGGACGAGAAGGACGAGAAGAAGAUCGUCAAGAAGAUCGUCAAGAAGGAAGUCAUUUCGCUUGUGUCUAGUGAGGUCAGCGAUGCUCGCUCUGGCUCUGAGAAGCCCGAAGAUGACGACAAAGCCAAGAGCGACUCGGACUAUGAAGACGACUCUCCCGCAUCUAAGAAACGAAAGGCAAAGUCAGAGACUACUUUGCGAGCAUCGAAGAAAAGGGCUUCGCCUGCUGAGCCUCCUUUGCCGAAGGCAGGAAAUCCGAAGAGCAUGAAGGGGAAAGGCAAAGCACGCGCUGAGAAGAGUAAACGACCUUCCACUGUCGAGUCCUCAGACAAUGAGGAGGCUCCGAAUGUAAUCGCGCGAGCGAUAGAACAACCUGCUAAACGCCUGCGCGAUGGCCCCAAAGUUCAAGAGGUCCCAAAGGCCAGCGCGGAACCGAAUGACGCUGAGGGCACUACCAGAGGCUCUGAAGAGGCACCCGCGAGCACUGAGCCUGUUGCUGCGGCAGGUCAUGUCGAUAGUGAACGGAAUGACGCUGAUGGCACUGCCAGAGGCUCUGCAGAGGCUCCCGCGAGGACCGAGCCUGCUGCUACUGCUGGUCAUGCCGAUAGUGUGCCCGCGCGCUCAUUGCCACCCUUGUCCCCCUUGCAAAUUCGUCAGCAAAUACCUUCCCUCCCAGAGAAUUACAUUCAGACCGAGCCAGCUACUCGUGUGGUGGCAAGCAACACUUUGUGCACAGACCCCGUCCACACAGAUCCUACAACUCGCGCAGCAAGCCAGGACAACACCAUGCAUACAGACCCCAUUCGUUCAGACCGUCCUCCAUCUCUGCAGCCUGACCUCACGCCAACGUUGGCAUCUAAUCACGGGCGCAGUGAACCUGCUAUGGAAAUCCCGCAUGAUCAAGAGGUCAGACCAAUGUAUGACCCACGUCCAAGAGGUCCAUUACCGCCGCGUUAUGGUCCAGGCUUCACUCGGUACCCCCAGUCCGACUAUUACCAUGAUCCUCGUGCUAUGCACCGCGCUCCACAACUUCCUCAUGGCCCUCAGCCUCAUCCUCAUCAGCAUCAGCCCACUCAUGGCCCGCCUCGUCAACCCUCUCAUGGCCCUCAACCUCAGUAUCACAACGGCGGGUAUCAUGAUGCCCCAUACCACGACUCUCGAGAUGGAUAUGAUGGAUAUGUCGACAGUUAUUGGCACCCUCCAAGCAGUGCAUAUUUUGGUCCGGGAGGGAGAUAUCAGCAUGGAUAUGGGCGCGAGUAUCCCAACGAGUAUCCUGAGGACCUGGAGGAUGGAGGACGAGCUCCUUAG